AUGGCGGGUUGUUCUUCGAAUUUCGGGGUGGCGCGUGUUGUUUUUGUAGGGAAAGAAUCUGUUUUGAGGAAGAAUGUAAAUCAAUAUUCAAGUUUUAGCCGAUUGAUGUUCUUAAAUGAGGCUGCAUUUCCAUCCAUUUGUGUGAACAAGUGUGGCGGUGGUGGUGGAUUGUAUGUGUCUAUACAAAAGAAACAGAGGUUUUUGACAAUGUGUAUGUUACAGCCGCCGGCUGAGUCACAGCCUGCUAUAACUAGGAUAGAAUUGUCGGAUGAGGGAGGUGAUAGUAAUAUGGGAAAGGAACUCAAAAUUUCGGAUAGUGAGUUGGAUUCCAAGAGUGUUGGAAAUGGAAGUAAUGGAGUUGUGUUUGAUGGUAGUGGUGGUAAUGGGAGCUUUGGAAGUGGUGGAGCGGGAGGCGGCGGCGGUGGUGGUGAUGAUGAUGGUGACGAAAAAGAAGAGGCAGAGUUUGGGCCAAUGCUAAAGUAUGAGGAGGUAUUGAGAGAGACGGAGGCGCGCGGUGUUACUCUUCCUUUUGAUAUGUUGGAGGCUGCUAAGAGUGUGGGAAUCCCAAAGUUGCUUCUUCUUAGAUAUUUGGAGUUAGAGGGAUCUUUUUGGCCUUUAGGAUUUGCGAUGAGAUCAUGCUCUAUCCUUCGUAAUCGAAUGCUGGCUGAUCCGGCAUUUCUUUUCAAAAUUGGCUCAGAGAUCGUAAUUGACUCUUGCUGCGCUACUGUUGCUGAAUAUCAAAAGAGAGGCAAAGACUUUUGGAAUGAAUUUGAGUUGUAUGUUGCGGAUCUUCUUGUUGGGUUGGUUGUUAAUGUUGCUUUGGUAGGAAUGUUGGCACCUUAUGCUCGAAUUGGAAAACCGUCAAUAUCUAAGGGAUUCAUCGGAAGUAUGCAGAAAGCUUAUGCAGCUUUGCCUAGCAGUGUAUUUGAGGCUGAAAGGCCAGGAUGUAGAUUUUCUGUACAGCAGAGACUCGGAACAUACUUCUUCAAGGGUAUAAUGUAUGGAGCUGUUGGAUUUGGAUGCGGUAUUAUAGGCCAAGGCAUUGCAAACGUGAUCAUGACUGCAAAGCGGAGCAUAAAGAAAUCAGAAGACGACGUACCUGUACCUCCUCUUUUGGAGAGUGCCGCUCUUUGGGGUGUGUUCCUUGCAGUAUCUUCAAACACGCGAUACCAAAUCGUCAACGGACUGGAACGUUUGGUAGAAGCAUCACCAAUGGCAAAGCGGGUUCCACCAGUUGCUUUGGCUUUCACAGUUGGCGUGCGUUUCGCCAACAAUGUUUAUGGUGGCAUGCAGUUUGUUGACUGGGCUAGGUGGAGUGGAGUACAAUAG